AUCAUUUCUCAGUCUUGAUGAUGUUCGGAAGAGAAGAUGUGGAGGGUUUCUGUUGAUGUGUUUGUUGGUCCCGUUUUAAGGUCCACUCUAAGAGAAGGACUGGAGUACUGCAGGAAGGUGCAGAGGCCUGACGGAUCGUGGGAAGGGUCCUGGGGAGUGUGCUUCACAUAUGGAAUAUGGUUUGGCCUUGAAGCCUUUGCUUGUAUGGGUCACAUCUACAAGGAUGAGGAUGUGUGCGUGGAGGUGCACAAAGCUUGUCAGUUCCUGCUGGACCGGCAGAUGUCUGACGGAGGCUGGGGGGAGGACUUGGAGUCGUGCGAGCAGCGGCGCUACGUCCAGAGCAGCAGCGCUCAGAUCCACAACACCUGCUGGGCUUUGUUAGGCCUCAUGGCUGUCAGGCAUCCUGACAGGCAGGCCAUUGAGAGAGGAGUGAAGCUGCUGAUUGACAACCAGCUGCCCAAUGGGGACUGGCCACAGGAGAAUAUUGCAGGUGUGUUUAACAAGAGCUGUGCCAUCAGCUACACCUACAGAAAUGUUCUCACAGUCUGGACCCUCGGUCGCUUCUCAACGCUUUACCCCAGCAGUCCGUUGGCUGGGAAGGUCAAGCUGUGAAGCUUUUAAAAAGGUGCAUCAGACUUUGUGCCAGGAUAACAAAACUGAAUGUCAGCAACAGCCACCAAGUUCAGUCAAUCAAUGGAAAGUCCAUCUUUUUGUUGGUGACAUGAGCUGUCCUAAUGGAGUCAGGAGUCUUAAUGAAUCGCAGUCAGCCUACCAAUGUCAAC